AUGGAUCGUGGACGAUAUAAUCUCCAAAAGAUUAAUGAAGUCGCAGCGAUAUUCACUACCACUGCGGACGGCGAAAUUCCAGAGUCUUAUGUUUCAAUCCGUGUCAAAGCUACGAAAGAACUCACGUAUAUCAGCACCAUGGAUCCCAAUGUUGAACCGUGGAUUUAUCCACUGUUCUAUCCCAACGGAACUCGAGGAUGGCAUGACAAAAUGCCAUUGACGAAUAGGCCUGGACGAGUUACACGCAAUGCUUAUACAAAGUACAGAAUGGCUGACAGAGACGACAAUGUGAUUCUCAAAGACGGCAGAUUAUUCCAACAAUGGAUUGUUGACAGCUACGUAAAAGUUGAGAGAGACCGUUUGACAUUUGAUAGGAAUAAUCAAGAAAAGCUACGUUCUGACACGUACCAAGGUUUAAGAGAACAUUUACAAAGAAGAGCAGAUGAAGCUCAUGGUCGAGUAGGAAAAAUGGUGAUUCUUCCUUCAUCAUUUGUGGGUUCUCCACGCAAUAUGAUGCAGCACUAUCAAGAUGCCAUGGCAAUUGUAAGGAAAUUCGGUAAAUCAGAUCUCUUCAUUACGAUGACGUGCAAUCCGAACUGGCGUGAAAUACAAGAAAAUUUAUUACCCGGUCAAACACCAUCUGAUCGACCUGAUUUAGUUUCACGUGUUUUUCACAGGAAAAAAGAUGAGUUGAUCAAAAAAACCAUCAUAAAAGAUAAAUUGUUCGGUGAAGUGCUUGCAUAUGUGUAUGUCGUUGAAUAUCAGAAACGAGGUUUACCUCAUGUCUAUAUAUUAUUAACGUUGAAACAGAAUCACAAGAUAACUACUCCAGAUGUAGUUGAUAAAAAUAUUCCUGCAGAAAUUCCAAGUCCAGACGAAGAUCCCACGUUACAUGAAAUCGUAAUGAAAGACAUGAUACACGGUCCAUGUGGCAGUUGGUGUAAAAACGAAAAGGGUAAGUGUACGAAACAUUUCCCCAACGAUUUUCAAGCCAAAACUACCCUAGAUGAGAAUGGAUAUCCUACGUAUCGUUGCAGAAACACUGGUGUUUAUAACCGUGGAAAUGGACAUACAACUGACAAUCAAUUUGUAGUUCCCUAUAAUCCCACUCUAUUGAAAUUAUACAAUUGUCAUAUCAACGUAGAAGUCGUUCCAUCUAUCCAAUCUGUGAAGUAUCUAUAUAAAUAUGUUUACAAAGGCCAUGAUGCGGCGGCCGUUGAGAUUACCGAUCCUGGUAAUGGUGAAAAUGUGAUCGAUCAUGAUGAAAUUCGUAAUUUCGCGGAGGCUCGAUAUGUCAGCCCAGUCGAAGCCAGUGAUCGUAUAUUAAGUCAUACAUUACAAGAAAAAAGUCACGUGCAUCUAUGUAAUCAACAUACUCUAACAAUUUCCGAUGUAGCUGAUGAUGAAGCUAUAAGGUCUGCAUUGCAAAAAGAGACAAUGUUGAUGGAUUAUUUCGCUUUAAAUCAACGAGAUCCCGAAGCCAGGAAGUUCACCUAUUCAGAAAUUCCGUCCCAUUACGUGUUCAAGAAAAAUCGAGGUUCAGGCAUCUCAAGAUGGGAGAAACGCAAAACUCAAUUCAAUGUUAUCGGACGAAUGUAUUCGGUAGCUCCCACUCAAAUUGAAUUAUUUCAUCUUCGAUUAUUAUUGAUAAAAAGCAAAGGAGCAAUUAGUUCUGAGGAUUUGAGAACCGUUAAUGGACACCUGUGUGAUACGUAUCACAGUGCCUGCCUAGCAUUAGGACUUAUCGCAGAUGAUACACAAUGGGAACGAGCAAUGACAGAAGGCGAAAUAUGGAUGAUGCCUCGACAACUCCGUCGUUUGUACGCUCGAAUUUUGAUGUAUUGUCAGCCAAACCAACCAGAGGAAUUAUGGUUGAAAUUCAAAGAUGCCAUGUCUCAAGAUUUUCAACGAGAUGCCGAUGUUCAAACAGCUGAAAGAAGAGCGUAUGCUGAAAUCAAUACAUUUCUCACUCAAGAAGGUUCGGACUUGAGUCGUUUUCCUACCAUGCCUACGAUGGAAGAGAUGCCAAAUAAUAUUAACGAGCCCAUGGAUGCAGGAAUGCUCCAACAACAUACAGAAAUUGGUCUUGAUCAAUAUCGAAGAUUGAACGUCAAAGAAAAGGAAAUUGUGGAUAAAAUUUUGGAUGUAGUCUCUUCGGAGGUCUCCGAUACAUUUCAAAGUGUUCAUUAA